CGCUCAAACAGUUUGUUCUCGGAGUUUUCACUGACAAGAAGUGUUCGCAGUUCGGUGCUACACGAACGAAGAGAAGCGCAGAAAGAGCAAAAGAGCAGAUAUAAAAAUAUUGGGAAAGUGUGAUUUUAGAAUGUGAUUUUAUGUCUAAAAGUGCCGUUUUUUGAGUGAAAUUUUACAAUAAGUGUAUUGCUAGGGUUAAAAAAUUUCCGUUUUUCACCAAAAUAUAAUGGAAAAAGGACCGGAAGUGCCUGUAAAUUGUGAUUCUUCCCCGAUUAUUUUGAAACGGAUUGUGCGGAGAGCAGCAGUAUAAAAUCAGCAGACAAAACACUACCACACUGACAGUGGGGUACUUUACUGCCCGCUGCGAUGACGGCGUGUCCCGUUUGCUGUGUAUUUAGAAGCGAUGUGCGCUGGUGUGCAAACACUAGCAUGACCCACACAGAAUACUUAGAAAAGUUGUACUCCACUUAUAGCUGUAAAUGCGCGACAUUUUAGUGUAUAUCUUGGCCUGCCUGCGCUCGCUGUAAUGAGAUGUGUUUAUAUAAGUACAGAGACAUAAAAAUAAAUCCAAUGAAAAUGAAAAUAAUUCUAAAGUGAGGAGACAUUUUCAACAUGAAUUAUAAUCACGAAAUUCCUACGAUUCGCUUGGUAAAAGUGAGACGACGCUCGUGCGAGGGAAAUAAAACAAGCAAUUAAUUUUCGUGACCUGGGAGGAAAAACUGACAGCCGAAGCCGAUCAUCGGGGGGCAAAUAAGUAUCGGGCAUGCGAGAAGAAAUUAGUGUAAAUAGCAGCGGAGAGAUUAAAAAUAAAAUGCUCAGAUUAAUUGCUGCCGUUGGCAUUUGGAUGCUGAUGAUUCUGAUGACUGUGCGGCCGAUCGAUGGCCAAUUGACGGAUUCGGUUCACGGUACCGGGAGCGAGGCCAGCGGCGACUGCCCCCGUCUGUGUUCUUGCCUCGGAAAUGUCAUAGACUGUUCGGAGAAAAGCUUGAAGGUGCUUUUCCACAUUCCUGCCUGGGUGGAAAAUCUUGAGUUAUCGUCGAAUCGGCUCGGUCACGAUGCGGUGCAAUCCCAGGUGGCCAACCUUAACAAGCUACAGGUUCUCAAUUUGAAUCACAACAACCUUGGGCGAAUACCGUCGUUCAGUGGGCUAGGGAACCUGUUUCGGCUCCUGCUGGCCAACAACGGCAUCGAGGUGAUAGAGGUGGAGGCCCUGCAGGCGGUGCCUACCCUUAAGUUCUUGGAUCUCUCACGAAACAGUAUCAAAGAUGUACAGUAUGGAUCUUUUCCGGCCAAAAACAGUCUUCAAAAUUUGAACCUGAACUUCAACAAGCUGACUUCGCUGACUAAGGGUACCUUCCAGAGAUUGCCGAUGUUAAAGAGAUUGGAAAUCAACAGUAACCUAAUCGGGGAAGUCCAAAGUCUCACCUUUCAGAAUCUUAACCAGUUGAAAAGUCUGAAAAUGAACAACAAUCAAAUAGUCAGUCUCAUGGAUGGUGUGUUUCACGGUUUGACCACGAUCACUACACUAGAGCUGAAUAACAACAGUAUAACCAGCAUCCGUAAAGGCGGUUUGUUUAAUUUGACUAGUUUGACAAAUUUGGCACUCUCGAGAAACGCAAUCGUUGAAAUCGAACAGGACGGUUGGGAGUUUGCCCCACGGUUGCUGACACUGGAUCUGUCCUAUAACCGGCUGGAGUCAAUCGACAAGUACACCUUCGAGGAGUUGUCGCAGCUGAAAACGCUUAACCUGGAGGGUAAUCAGAUUUCCUCGGUUGGCGAGGGAACCUUCAAUAAUACGAAAAAUCUCGAACUGCUGUAUCUUGGGGCGAACAAAAUUUCCUGGACCAUCGAAGAUAUGAAGGGGCCCUUUUUCGGUCUGUCGAAGCUGGAGAAGCUUUAUCUUAAUUCCAAUGAAAUUAAAUCGGUUAGCCGGAACGCUUUUAUCGGUCUGAAAUCACUGAUGCUGCUGGAGCUGAGUCAGAAUAAUAUUUCCUCCAUUCAGAACAAUGCCUUCAAGGAUAUGGUUAAGCUGAGUAAUUUGAUAAUGAACUCCACCAACCUGCUGUGCGACUGUAACCUGGCCUGGUUCUACCAUUGGAUCAAGGAACGCAAGGACGUAUUUCAGCUGGACGCCGAAUGCAGUUAUCCAAUCUGGCUGCGUGGUCAUUUGAUACGAGAUUUGACGGCUUCCAACUUUUCAUGCUAUGAUUCACCGAAACCUCAUCUUAUCGAUGAACCCAAGUCACAACUCGGCAUCCGUGGCACGAACUUGUCGCUUGUCUGCACGGCCACUUCCACGGCUUCAGACAGCAUGACGUUCAAGUGGAAGCAAGACAAUCAAGAGCUCUCGGACAGUUUGUUUACGGUGCAUCAAUUGAACAACGAAAAUGGUACUGUAGGCACCACGGAACUCGUAAUACCGUAUAUACAAACUAGCGGAGCUGGAAAGUAUCAAUGUAUCAUCACCAAUAACUACGGUGUGGUGUACUCGCAAAAAAUUAAGGUUACGGUUGGUACGUAUCCUAGUUUCAAGAAGACACCCAGUGACAUCAGUGUACAGUCGGGCAAGAUGGCUCGACUGGAUUGUGCCGCAAUGGGAGAUCCAAAGCCGCAAAUUUCGUGGGAAAAAGACGGCGGUAACGACUUCCCAGCGGCGAAGGAGAGACGCAUGCACGUAAAACCGGACGAGGAUGCGUUCUUUAUCAUGAAUGCGCAGCUUGUUGAUAUGGGAAAGUACCGAUGUACGGCAGAAAAUGCCGCUGGAGUAAUCCGAGCCAGUGCACAGGUGAUCGUGUUCGAAUCACCAACUUUGAUGAAACCGUUGGAGUCCAAGAGUACGGAGAUUGGCAAGUCUAGCGUUUUGGAAUGUUUAGCAUCUGGAUACCCGAAGCCGUCGAUUCAGUGGUUAAAAGACGGAGAGCCGAUUUUGGUGACGGAGAGACACUUCUUUACGGCGGACGCGCAGAUUUUGAUAAUAGUUGAGACUGAGUAUGGUGAUGCCGGGGAGUAUGAAUGCAGGAUGGAAAAUAAUUUCGGUACCGAAAAAGGAACGAUAAAACUGUCGGUUCUGGAAGGUCCGGAGGUUAAUCCGGAAAUAUAUACUAAUUUACCCAGUGAUCCGGUUGUUGUAGGGCAUGUUUUCAACAACAAGGACAUCAUGAUGGUCGUAAUAAUUACGAUAAUAUGUUGUGCUCUGCUGACGUCCUUGAUUUGGAUGAUAAUUAUGAACCGAGUGAAAAAACGGUCCAACAGUCCGCUGUCCACUUACCAUGAAACAGACGGUGGCGACAUAGAUAUGAACGCAAACAUGGAAAUAAAUCAACCAAAUCUGAUAGUUCGAAGCGGGGUUGGAGUUUCAACCACACCGAAUGGUUAUUUCGAGUAUCUGAUUCCCAUGGUGCAAAACGAAGCCACAACGAAUGUGGAUGAUGAUGAUCAAACUCAGUUAACUAAUCGUUGCUACUAUACUGUAGUGCCGAAAGUGCCCCCUAAGGUUCGACGCCACGAGGCGGAGUCGGAUGAUAUGGACGAUGAUCUUUCUUCCAAAGAUUCUGGUACCGGAGGAGACUGUGGGUCAGCAACAGGCUCAACCAACGCUCACCGCAAUAGUCAUGAUGAUCUCAAAUGUCUCUUCCAAUCUCUAAAUCGGAAAACCGCCGAAUUGGGAAUAACUUAUCCAUACGACGAAAGCGAUCCAGACUCGGAUCCAAGAAUAGAACCGCCACCGCAUAUUCCGCCAGUGAAUGCUACUACAGCAAUACUGGUUAAAACCGACCCUGACAAGAUCGUCUUCAGUGACGAUCUUACGCCACCCAUCAUCUCAAGGAUGGCAACAUCGCAAACAUUUCCAACGUUUGUGCAUCCAUCGACAAAUCCGUCGUCGUCGAUGGUAGCGUCAUCGAUGGAGGCUGCAGUCAGCACGCAGCAGCAACCGCAACCCCAGCAGCCCGCUAGUCAGGUCCAGAUUAACAAGCUGUACCAGCUCCUGAUCGAGAACCCGCGCUUGCUGGAAAAACCAGCCAAGUAUCGAAGUCGAUCGAUGGAGGAGGAUGCUUUACAGCAACUGCGAAGCGCGACGGAAGCGACUAGCAGCGGAAUCGGUUCCGAUAGCAGUAGUACAUUGAACAAGGAACCAGGUUUGUGUAGUAGAGGAACUGACCGGCAAGCGGAAGGAGAUUUGCGGGCAGCCGUGAGGUAAAGGGAACGUUCUGAUGCUGUUUCGCUUGACGCUCGGUUAGUAUUUUAGAAGUUUAUUUUUGUAAUACAAUUUUAACACGAUUUCAUAGUCUCAGUACACUAUUUUGGCGCUAUAUUAGACUAAGGUCGAAACUGACCUUUCAACUUAAAUUAAAAAUAACCUACCUGUCUUUGGUAAAACUGGUUGAUUGAUUGGUAACAGGAAUAUCAUGUUUCCUAUUUCAAAAUUGAAUUGAAUAAUUAUGAAUUCCUUGUUCUAAACUCUAGUAUUAAACUGAUAAACAUUUUCUAAAAAGAGCAACCGAGCGUCUACUCUCAGCUAUGUCUACUUAGUAAACACAGACCGUUACACACACCUAAAAUAACAUAGUCCAGUGGUGAGUAGUGUUUGUUUUGCCAUCGCGGUGACAUGGUUCAACUGAAAAAACCAAAAAUGUAGAAAAACCACCACCUUUUUUAAACAAACAAAACAAAAAGUCCAUGAACAUAGUCCGUUAUAGAGUUAAAUCCGACCGUUUCGAAAAAUGGUGUUAUGUGCAAAUCAUCAAACAGAGCAGUUCCUUCAUAUUAGAUUGUAGUUCGAUAGAUUCAGCUGCAUGUGGCGGUCGUCAGGGGUCGCCGGCUGUACCUACUGCAAACAGCCUAGCAUUACUAGCUAGUUGAGUGCGUUUUCCAGAUGUUAUUGGUUGAAGUUUUCCCCGGUUUUCUCCUAGAUCCCUAAUACUAAACAGUUCGCGUCCAGAUGUAAGCGUGAACUCUGCGAAAUCCAAAUAGUCGACAAGCGAAGCGCGCAAAAUAGUAUUGUUUUCACAUAGUUAGUAGAGUGCGUGAAUCGGUUUGCCGAUUAAACAAUGGAAAUGACAUUUUACUGGAUAAAGAUAUUUUCUCUAAACAAAAGAAAAAACUAUACGAUAAUUAGCGAUAUUAAAUUGUUUGAUAAAAUAAUCACUGAUCGAUAAUCGAUUGCUAAGUGUAUUAAAUUGUGUCUUGACAAAGUUUCGGAAUAAAACAGUAUGUUAUGUUUGUAAGCAGUGGAGUUACGGACAACCCAAGAGCCUUACGAAAAAGGACUGAAACCAUUUUGCAUGUGCCUAAUAUCUGUACGCCGCGAGAUAAAAAAAAUGCUUUCAAAAUAUUGUUUAUCGAAUGCGUUUCGUAAAUCGCUUGAUUUUUCGUAACAUUGCAUAACGUGCCGACCACUUUAUACCAGACGAUUACAAGCAACUCUUUGAUUGAUCAACAAAAACAAACCACCCGCCACUAAAAUUUAUGCUCUUUACUAAAAUAGAUACAUAAGAAGCGAAUUGACACUGUGAUUUUGUUUUCUUGUUUUUAAUUGUAGAUUUAAGCUUGUUUUAUAUUAGUUUUUGCUUCCCCACUUCUAUUCGGCUAAGAUGUAUCGUUAUUUCUGGCGGACAGAGCGAAAUGUACGAAACAGCCAACUUAAUCACUAUCAUAAAAUACAAACGUGCGGGGCAUAGCCGUGAUGACGAAUGUUACUCUUCCUAAAAAAAAAACUUCUGUUCACACAAAAUUCAUUCAGAAUAGCCAGACGAUGAGUAACACAGCGACAAUUAACGGUCGCUGGUGCGAUUAACUUUGGCAGGUUUUCUGCUAGAAAGCGCGUCCCUCCCCGGAGUGUCUCUAUCGCGAAGGAAAUGUCUCACACAGCAGCUUCUGUGCAAUCCUAAUGAAAACCCCAUAAACUCGCAUUACCCGAGAGGCUUUGCUCAAACCAAAGGUACGAAGUGUCCGCUGUAGACACAUUUCCUAGAGCAUAAAGUCAUCGUUUUAUUGCGUAGUAGCUGCAAUUAGGUUAAGAUGAUUUUGAUGGUUCCUUAUUGAGAUAGGCGUAGUAUUUGUCCGCUUAAAAUUACAUUGAGAGAAAAAGGAAAAACAAAAACAAGUGCCGUAAUUAGUUUAAAAUUGGAUGACUGAACUGACGAAAAAGUUGCCUUUUUUCUUAUAGCCAUAAACUCUCUAUUGAAACUCAGCAUCACAUAGAAAACUGAUCAGUAUUCACAGACUACUUAAAAAAAUCACACAGGAUUUCACCAGGAAACCGGAAAAUAGCAGAGAAUCAAUUCUCAUUUCAUAUAUCGUAGUAUGACAAUGUACAAACAAAAACAGUUUUAUGUAAUCCAAAGUUUUACUUUAGUUCAUCGCAAUUUAUUUAUACAGUAGUAACUUAUUUUGUCAGACUAACGAACAAUAAGCGGUCAUGUUGGAGAUUCGACCUGAGGAAUCAAUGCGGAUUUUCUCACAUUUUCGCUACUUAUUACACCUGCUACCAUGGACAAUGGUUCACUAUAGGAAGUACAUAACUCUAUUUAUUAUACAUUUUACAAAUUAAACCACAACUAUAAUUGCUAUGUAAUACUUGGAGCGUCUAAACUAGAUAAAAAAAGAGAGAGAUUGAUAAUAUUGUAAAUAUUUUACUAAAUAUUUGUACAAAUGGAUUUUUAUUCUACGUCAUGCAGCAGCAGUUUGUUGUGUUGGUGAACGAACAGAAGUUGUCUUGCGAAUUGAAACAAUAAAAGUUGCUAAACAAUAAUAAA